ACAGUUGCUUUAUUCUGUUCUCUAAUUUUGAGGCGGCCCAAAUAACUUUCGGUAACCCUCUCAAAUCUCUAUCCUCGCCAAAUUGCCCCACCUCUUUCAAAUUUUAAUUUGCAAUCGAGUUUUGUGAGGGUUUGAGAAGUUGGAGUAAUUGAAACUGGAAGACGAGCAGAGACAGCGAAACAACACAAGCCCAAUAACAAAAUGGUGAAACAAGGCGAGGGUUUGCGUCAAUAUUACCUGCAGCACAUUCAUGACCUGCAGCUUCAGGUCCGUCAAAAAACCCACAAUCUUAACCGCCUCGAGGCCCAGCGCAAUGAUCUUAAUUCCAAGGUAAGGAUGCUGAGAGAAGAGUUACAGUUGCUGCAGGAGCCGGGAUCAUAUGUAGGUGAAGUUGUCAAGGUUAUGGGGAAGUCUAAAGUAUUGGUUAAGGUGCAUCCUGAAGGAAAAUAUGUUGUUGAUGUAGACAAGAACAUUGAUAUAACAAAAAUUACACCUUCUACAAGAGUAGCUCUUCGAAAUGAUAGUUACAUGCUUCACUUGAUAUUACCUAGCAAAGUAGAUCCUUUGGUGAACCUGAUGAAGGUGGAGAAAGUGCCAGAUUCUACUUAUGAUAUGAUUGGAGGCCUUGAUCAACAGAUCAAGGAGAUCAAAGAGGUUAUUGAACUUCCAAUUAAGCAUCCAGAACUAUUUGAAAGUCUUGGAAUUGCACAACCAAAGGGUGUAUUGCUCUAUGGACCCCCUGGUACAGGAAAGACAUUACUGGCAAGGGCAGUUGCUCAUCAUACAGAUUGUACUUUUAUCCGAGUUUCUGGUUCUGAAUUGGUUCAGAAAUAUAUAGGAGAAGGUUCAAGAAUGGUUCGUGAGCUUUUUGUCAUGGCAAGAGAACAUGCUCCUUCCAUAAUCUUUAUGGAUGAGAUUGACAGCAUAGGGUCUACUCGAAUGGAGUCCGGAUCUGGCAAUGGUGAUAGUGAAGUGCAGAGAACUAUGCUUGAGUUGCUUAAUCAGCUUGACGGGUUUGAGGCAUCUAACAAGAUUAAGGUUCUUAUGGCCACUAAUCGGAUAGAUAUUCUUGAUCAAGCUCUUCUUCGACCUGGUCGAAUUGACAGGAAAAUUGAGUUUCCCAAUCCAAAUGAAGAGUCUCGCUGGGACAUUUUGAAAAUCCAUUCAAGAAAAAUGAACCUGAUGCGUGGUAUUGAUCUGAAGAAAAUUGCUGAAAAAAUGAAUGGUGCUUCAGGUGCUGAGCUCAAGGCUGUAUGCACAGAAGCAGGAAUGUUUGCAUUACGAGAAAGACGAGUCCAUGUGACACAGGAGGAUUUUGAAAUGGCUGUAGCUAAAGUUAUGAAAAAGGAAACAGAGAAAAACAUGUCAUUGAGGAAAUUAUGGAAAUGAAGGCAAGUAUCAGAGGAUGUACUUGUCUAUAGCUACUUAAGUAGUUUUCAAGCUGCACCUAUUGGUUCCAUAGUUUCUGCAACUAUUUUUAUUUAUGGUUGAUCUCCAAACAUGCAUAAGCAAUUAUAUUAUGCUCAGGCAAGAUCGGGAAACCCAGUGCUUUUGGAUGGGGCUUCUGUGUUGCUAGGGAAUGCUUUUUUUGAACAGUUUGAGAAUGUUUCCAUCCUUAAAGCAUGUCUUUUUUAUUGCCAAUAUAAAUAACAUUUUCCGCUGA